UUCAGCAAUGGCGGCCCCCAGGCCAGGAAACCCUGACAGGGGAUGGAAUGACCCACCUGUGUUCAAUUAUAGCCCUAAGACGUCGGGACAGGUAUCGCCAAGGGGAACAAAACUUAACAAACGUGUAGCUUACACAGGUGGAGCAGUAAAUACCAACUCAUCAACAGCGAUUAAAGGAGAAGGUUCGGGAACUCUGCUGAACUCUGCCAAUGGACCUCCCAUCUCACCUGUUCAACUGCUUCCUCCGAUACAGCUUUUGCCCCCGACAACCAACACUACCCCAUCUGCCCCUGUACCCCUUUUGAUCCCUAUGAUGAGUCCUACUGCCCCCAACUCAUCAAAGAUGGAAUCGGACAACACUUCUUCAGCAUCAGAUGUGGAGGAACUUGAAAAGACCAGAAUGUUAGGAAAUUUGAAAAGUGAUGAUGAACUUUUUGACAAAGUUCAAAAAAGAAUUGAUAUAGAAUUUGAACGGUGCUUACCAAGACUACAGGGCCGUGCAGCAGAAGAUGUCAAAAGAAAAUUACAUAUUUUGAAAGAAAAUUGGAAAGAUAAAAAGUUGUCCAAUGAGGUUCAAUUUAGAAUAUGGAAAAUACUUGAAGAUUUAGAAAACAAGGAAUUUGACAGGGCAUGGGAAGGUCACCUUUCUCUUAUGGUCGACUACACAGCUGAGGUUGGCCAGUGGCUGGUUGCAGUUAAACGAAUUAUUCUUGAGAAUCGGGAAAUGAAGAAAGAGACUGAAAGUUCUUUGGUAGAGAAGACGAAUAAAGAUUUAGAAUCAGAUUCUACUUCUGCCAAUCUAAUUGAUGUAUCUGAUCCUAAGAUAUCCUCCAGUAGUGUUUUAUCACAGGAUGAUUGUACAGGAGGGAGUGGAGACAGAAUAGGAUCCUCUGUUGAUGGUUGAUUUAGUACUUUACAAUACUUCAGCAAUGUUUCCCCUUAAACCAUGGCAUGAAUAUUAACAUAUGUUUAAUCUGAAAACUUUCCAGGAACCCUUAAAGACCUGAUGAAUAGAUAUUAGUGAUGUUAUUUUAAGUUUGUUGAUCAAACUUUUGUCAUUUGUUUUUAUUUCUUGUUGAUUACAAAAAUUGCUGUGCUGACAGAAAAAGAUAUAAUAUUUUAUUUUCUGAUAUCUCAAUUAUAUCUAAGACAUUGCACUUUGUGAUUUCAUACCAUCAUGUAGCAGUUGAAUAUCACUGUAGGUUAUUACACUAGAGAGUAUAUAAAUAUUUACAUUUGUUAAUGUAAUAUUUCAGUUGAAGGGUUUUUGUAUUUGCUGGCAAACCAAUUAAUUGAACAAUAUACUUAUUAAAGUUAUACAGUUUACCCCAUUAUUGGCCAACACACCUUAAGGUUAUAAUAGGAAAUCAAUGUUUGUUGACAAUUGAAACCUGAGAGAAUGAUUAUCAUGGUAAAAAUCAGUCACUGUCGCUUCUUUCUGCCAUCAUUUUCUGUGACAUUAUUAAGUGAU